GCUGUUGAAGAUAACAUUUAUAUUGAAGGUUUAUGUCUGAAUAUGCCAUAUUGGAUCAGAUAAUGGCUGAGUUUGUGAAGAAUUUGUUUCCAAUGAUAUCCAGCUAUGAAUUCUUCGGGGGAUAUUCAAGAUCUGUAAAAUAAGAACAUAUGUGAGAAGAAAUGUUUUUCUCUCACCAAAUAGUAUUUUCUUCACUCAGUGAUCAGAAAUUGGAAUUAGUCCAGAAACAUGCUUCAAUAUUUAUAAGUAUUUCAAUUACUACUUACAAAGCAAUUAUUGUAUGAUUACUUGCAAGCAAAUCCUGCAAUGUUCAAUAAACCUUAAUUUCUUAUGGAGAAAAUACACCUUCUAAUUACAUAGGUUAAGGGCAGGAUUAUGUGAUCGUUGUGCAGUAACCGAAGAGCAUAUGAAGAAAAAACAACAGGAAUUUGAAAAUAUCCGGCAACAGAACCUUAAGUUAAUCACUGAACUGAUGAAUGAAAGAAACAACUUACAGGAUGAAAAUAAAAAGAUUUCGGAAAAGCUUCAGAAGAUGCAGCAAAAAAUUGAGGAGCAAGAGCAAUAUAUGGAAGGAAUUAUUCCAGAUUCACCAGUUCAGUCAGUAUCACUUUCAAUGGUUAAUCGAAUGCGCCGAAAACGAGAAAAUAGGCAUGUCCGGUACACAGAACAAAAGUGCACAGAUUUGGAAAAGAAAGGAAGAAUCCAUGAACUUGGAAAUAUCCCAUUGUCAUCCACUCAAAAGCAUGUCUGUUCUGAAGAAGAAAUAUUGGUGGCAGAUACAUGUGAUCCACAGUUGACCCCAGAUUCAAGCAAAGAAAAGAAAGGAGAAUGUCCCAAUUCAGUGCAUUUUAAUUUGAAGGCAGUUGCUGCAGAAACACUUGAAUGUGAUGAGCAUGAACCUCGCAGCAAACCACUUGGAGUUACCAGAAAACAAUUGUUUCAAGUGUGUUGUAAAAGUAAUAGUGACAAUUUGGAGUUUUCAGACCCAUCUGAGGAUCCUUCCCCACCUACAACAUGGGAUUCCAAGAUACCUUCUCCUGUUUUUGGGGCAUCUGCCAAUGUUAAAAGCAGCUUAGGCCUAAGUAUAAAUCUUUCCCCAUCUGUUUUAGCAGCAGAGAGAAAAUCAAAUCUGAAAAACAGCCCCAUCAACAAUUCUUCCCUUUUAAGAACUGAGAAAGUGAGAUCAAAAUCUGAAGAUGUUCCUUUUGUGAGCCUUGGGACUGAAAUAACAACAAUUAUCAAUCAAGCUCCAACUGGUAGGCAAAUGGCUUUGAAACAGAAUACAGAGGAGCCCAUAAUAUGUAUGACCAAUAUUCAUCUGGAUAGAGAUGACAUCAUCAAGGGUGGCUUCCUUGCAUCACAGAAACUGUUAGGAAACAGAUGUUCUAAAAGGAAAAAAAAUGAUGAGAAGAACAGCCAUGUAAUCCACUGUGAAAAAGAAAAUGCUUUCCCAUCCCAUGCGGAUAUUUCUCCUAUUGCCAGAGAUAACACAACUGAUAAACCUUUAGAUCUGUCUGAUCGCUUUUCUGGUUUUCACUGUGAAAAAAUAAGUACCGAGAGCUCCAAGAUAAAACUGAGGCAGGCAACUCUCCAUGAUGUUUUCCAACCACUAGUGAAAGAGUCUUCAUCUAAAAUCACCGAUAGUAAUUUAAUAAACAAAGAUUCACAAGAGAAUCCCCGCAUACAAGAAGCAGUCCUGAAAUCUCUUAGCAAAGUGUCCCCAACAAAAGAGCAUGAAGUAAAAAUAAAAGAGGAAAUUGCUAAUUUUUCUAAUCCGCCUUUGCCAAAUGAUGGAGAUAUGAAAGAGAUUGCUGAUGAUCAUGAACCAAUAAGUAAGAGAAUAAGAUCAGGACAUGGAAUGGGUGAACCAGCAUCGGUACUUCAGCCAAAUCCUUGCAGGUUGACAAAGAUCAUACAGCUUGACAAUGAGCAAGAUAAAACAUCUUUGGAAAAUGUGCAAUGGAGUAUAGAUCCUGGAGCUGACCUUUCCCAAUAUAAAAUGGAUGUUACUCUGAUUGACACAAAAGAAGGAACUCAAACAAAAAUUGGAUCAGAGACCCUGAACAUGGACUAUACAUGUAUCAGUGAUAGUAUUCUAUUAAGAAUGAAAAAACAAGAACAGAAAGAAGCAAACAGUACAAAAGAAAAGAGAGAAAAGGACACCUUAGCAGAAAUAUUUGAUCAGACAUCUUAUGAAGAAUAUGAAUCCUAUUUAGAAGAUGACAAUCUUCCAGAAUGUGAUCAUAAGAAUUCUUCUGAGGAAGAAGGAAAAGAAAAAAGAAGCAUACAAAGGGAAGGAGACAAACAAAAUAAAAUGAAGCAGAAGGCUUUUGUGGAAACAUAUUUUAAAAGUGAUGAAAGAACAAAUCUUGUAUUGGGUUUUCCUCACAUUGAAGUUGUGCGGAAAAAAGAAGAAAGAAGAAAAUUACCUGGCCACACUUGUAAAGAAUGUGAAAUAUAUUAUGCAGAUUUACCAGAAGAAGAAAGAGAGAAAAAAGUAGCUACCUGUUCUAGACAUCGAUCUCGUUAUGCUCCUCCUGACACACCAGAAAAUUUCUGGGAAGUUGGAUUCCCUUCCACACAAAUGUGUGUUGAAAGAGGUUAUAUAAAAGAAGAGCUUGCUCCCUGUCCACGUCCCAAAAGAAGGCAGCCUUAUAAUGUGAUGUUUUCUCCAAAAGGCAAAGAACAAAAAACAUAACUGGGAAGUAAUUAAAAUAAAACCCCUAAAAUAGCAAAUUUUGUUUCAAUUUGUAUUUAUAAUCAAUUAAAAGAUAAAUAAUAAGGAGAGCUGGGAAUUCCCUUUCCUUGUUCUAUUCGAAACCUAUAGCCUCUAAAUGCAACUAUUUAAUGUAAAGAAUAUAUAUAUAUUUGUAGAUACAUUUUUGUGUCUUGGCUGAUUUUGCACCUUGUGUGUAUUUCUGAUCUUUUGGAGGUCUACAGUUUAGCUCCCUGCAAUUAAGCUUGGUAUAAGUUAGUGUGAUUUCUGUGGACCAAGCAAAGUUGCAGCUGCUCAUUUCAGGUCUAGAAUAGUUCCAUGAACUUUAGAUGGAACCUUGUAGGGUGCUUCUAUUUUGCACUUGAUAAUUUAAAUAAUGUGUAACCAUUUGCUUUUUGUAAUAAUUUUUGAAAAAAAUACAAUAAAGUGUACUUUCUUAA